CGCAAAUGACCACAACUUUUUAUUCACUUAACUUUUGUUUCCUUUAAUAUUAAAUUGCAUUGUAAUUAUUAUUACUUCUAUUGCAUCUCCCUACAAUUUCAAAUAACAGAUGCAUUUUUACUCAGUCAAUCAGACCCAAGAGUGUAGAAAAAAAAAAAAAAAACUUAAGGUCAAUGUGACCCCGCGGAGAGCGUGAGGGUUAAACUGACACUUGCAUGAAACUAAACCCGAGCUAGACCAGACCUAAACCAGAACGGGACCAAAUCAAAUCUGCAUAGACAAACGAGUCCAAAACCAGGACCAAAACUAGUCCAAAACCAGGACCAAACCGGGAUCAAAUCAGGACACAUAACGCGGAAGUUGUGAGUCCUGCACGAACUAAAGACUAAAGUGUCUUUUUCCGUCAUUUUCCAACAUGGCAAUCGUAAGCGCACUGUUAAACUGGCUUCCUCGGGUCCUUUCAUUGUCUCUGUGUGUGUUUUUCUUUGCGUUUCUCGGAUAUUGUCUUUACAUCAAAUACCAGCAUCUCAAAUAUGACCACAUCCCUGGACCGCCACGAACCAGUUUUUUCUUGGGCCAUUCUCCAAUUUUGGUGGAAGUGAUGAAAAAGGAUGGAGGCGUUCAGGAAAUGUUUCUAGAAUGGUCAGAGAUAUAUGGACCAGUGUACAGGAUCAACAUACUACAUAAUGUGUUGCUUGGAGUGCACUGCCCAGAGGCUACAAAGGAGAUUCUCAUGUCCCCAGAAUACCCCAAAGAUAAAUUCUUCUUCAAGCGUGUGUCCAAACUUUUUGGUCAAAGGUUUUUGGGGAAUGGUCUGGUGACAGCGCGAGACCACGAGCAGUGGUACAAACAGAGACGCAUCAUGGACCCCGCCUUCAGCAGCCUAUAUCUGAGAGGUUUGACGAGCACCUUUAAUGAGAGAGCAGACAAACUGAUGGAGAAGCUUUCUGAAGAGGCCGAGAACAAAACCGUGGCCAACAUGCUCCAUCUGGUCAACUGCGUCGCACUGGACAUUAUCGCCAAGGUCGCGUUCGGAGUUGAUCUGGACCUGCUUAGGUACUCCUCACCGUUCCCCAGAGCCAUCGAGAUGUGUCUCCAGGGGUCAUGUCACUAUGUCCGAGAUGCAACCUUCGAGUUCAGACCUCAGAACUGGUCGUACAUUAGUGAAGUGAGGAAAGCCUGUGAUCUGCUGCGUUCCACUGGAGCUCAGUGGAUCAAUGAGAGGAAGACGGCCAUGCAAAACGGAGAGGAGGUGCCCAAAGACAUUCUCACACAGAUCAUCAAAUCAGCCGGACAAGAGGAAAGCAUGACCAAGGAGGAUGAAGAGUUUAUGUUGGACAACUUUGUGACCUUCUUUAUCGCAGGCCAGGAGACCACCGCCAAUCAACUCGCCUUUUGUAUCAUGGAACUGGGACGACACCCGGAUAUUUUAGAGAAAGCGAAGAAAGAGGUGGAUGAAGUCAUUGGAAUGAAGAGAGAAAUAAGCUACGACGACCUGGGAAACCUGACGUAUCUCUCACAGGUGCUGAAAGAGACGCUCAGACUGUACCCCACUGCCCCUGGGACGUCCCGUGGUCUGAUUAAAGACACGGUGAUAGGAGGCAUCAAUGUCCCAGCAGGAGUGACAGUUAUGUUCAGCAGCUACACCUGUGGUCGCUUGGAGAAAUUCUUCAAAGAUCCACUGAAGUUUGACCCAGACAGAUUUCAUCCUGAUGCUCCCAAGCCUUACUACUGCUACUACCCCUUUUCACUCGGCCAUCGCUCGUGUCUUGGCCAAAACUUUGCUCAGAUAGAAGCCAAGGUGGUGAUGGCCAAACUGCUCCAGAGGUUUGAUUUCACGCUGGUCCCAGGACAGAGUUUUGACAUAAAAGACACAGGGUCGCUCAGACCAAAGAGUGGAGUCCUGUGCACCAUCAAACACAGACACCAUGAAUGAACAGCACUAAACAUUAUAAAACACUAUAAAAACACUAUAAACACUAUAAGAAUGCUACAGUACAUGUUAUUGUCUUCACUUCAGCAUUUACAUCCAGUGUUGAGAAGUAACUGAGUACAUGUUUUGAAUAUUAUUGAGUACUUUGAGUAACUGUUAUCUGAGAUGGGGACUUGGAAAAGAUGUUGAAAAUUACAGAAAGUGCAAAGUUCUGUUUUAGAGAGUUCCAUAUUUAUGAAAUCACACUGGGAGAAUUUCAGCACAAUUUACACUAAAGACACACAUUUUUCUGAUAUUUAUAACAUUGUUUCAACAAAAUUAACAUUUCAACAAAAAAAAAUUCUGAAUACUAAUUUGAGUAACUAUUCUGUUAUAGUUUCCUGCAAGGUAGGAAACUGCAGGACAUGACUUGGACUUGAGUCAAACUUGAGUCACAUUUUUGAUAAAAUUGACUCUGUUUGGGACUUGAGACUUGGGACUUGACUUGGACUUGACUCUGUGACUUGAAGACUUGAUGCUUCUCAAUAAAAAAGACAGUCGAUACAUGCAGUGUUUAAUUUUACACAAACAAACUGGAACAUGUCCCUCUCACUUCUCUGUUUGUUACUAUGGCGACAGUAACUGAAGUACUGUGAUACUGGAUCAUCAAAUGUUUUAUAAUAAUAUACAGUACAAUACAGUAAAACAGAGGAAAGUACGUAGACCAUGAUGCAUGCACUUUUUUUUCAGAUUUUUUAAACAUGAUUUCAACAAAAUAAAAGUUUUUUCUUCUA